AAAUACAUUUGUAUUACAAUGUAACUGUUACAAUGUUACUACAUUUCGGCCGGAGGGAGUUUCCACCCAUUGCUAGUUUCCAAAUGUUAAAAUACUGAACUUUUCCUUUAAGAAGUUAUUCUCUCCACUGCGGCUUCCUGGUGUUUUGUAAAGUCCUCCGGAAAAGUUAACCGUAAAAAAACGAUUUGUUGCACAGGAUCUAUUAUGAGACGACAAAGUAGAAUAUCAUCUUCAAAACGGAGAUGACAUAAAGUAAAUAUUUCCGAAAUGAAUCCACACGACAGAGCAGAGUGAGUGAAUGGAGUAAGGGUUAUAUAGUAUAAGGGAGAGUAGUAUCGCCUGGACUGAGUAAGAGAACAUUGACUUAAUGGCUUACAGUGGUGAUACAAUGUUGGUGACCAACUGGUUCCUACACGGAGGAGGUGGAUCAGUGAAACACUUUGUACCUUGACUCUCCCUUCAGUUCACCAGAAUGAAGAGCAGAGCUUCACACAAAGGGGAGAAAUAAAUUAAUGAUCACUACUUGAUCCAAAAUGCCUUCUGUUGCUGAGCUUCUGCUGGCCACUCUGGAGGACCUUGAUAAUGGAAAUCUAAAGAUGUUUAAAUGGCACCUGACCCAGGACGUGCUGGAAGGCUUUCCUCACAUUCCAGUGAGCCAGCUGGAGAAUGCUGACAGACUGGACAUUACAAACAAGAUGGUGGAGACCUACAGUCCUGACGGAGCUGUGAAGAUCUCACUGGAAAUCCUGAGGAAGAUGAAUCAGAAUCAACUGUCUGAUAGGUUAAAGAACCAGUACAAUGAGUUUAAGAAAACAGAAGCAGCAGCCCCGAGUGCUCUAGUGGUUUUAGAAGUCAGAGUCCAAGACAAACUGAAAUCCUUCCUUAAGAAUAAGUACGGCUGUAUAUAUGAGGGGACGUCAAAGGAAGGUGAUUCCAUCUACCUAGACCAGAUCUACACUGAGCUCCAUGUGAUCGAGGGGGCCUGGGGAGGGGUCAGAGAUGAGCAUGAGGUCAUACAUCUGGAAUCCAGAACACCAGCCACAGGAGAGACCAUUAUUGAAGCCAACAACAUUUUCAAACCCCGACCUGAUCAAAAGAAGCCAAUCAGAACAGGGCUUACACUGGGCAUCGCUGGCGUGGGAAAGACUGUCUGCGUUCAGAAGUUUAUUCACGACUGGGCAGAAGGAAAGGAGAACCAAGACAUUGAUUUCAUCUUUCCACUUCCUUUUUGCCAAAUUAAUUCUAAUAUGGGGGGAAAGGACUGCAGUCUGAUUGAACUGCUUCAUCAAUUCUUCAGUGUCAUGGGACCGGUGAAGACCCUGGGGGAAGGUUCUAAAGUUCUGCUCAUCUUUGAUGGUCUGGACGAGAGUCGACUUCCUCUGAACUUCAACAGUAAGGUUCUGACAGACGACACAAAGCCAGCCUCGCUAGACCAACUGAUCACAAACCUCAUCACAGGAGAGCUCCUCCCCUCUGCACUCAUCUGGAUAACGUCCCGACCUGCUGCAGCCAAUCAGAUCCCUCGUCAACACAUCCACCAGUGGACAGAGGUACAAGGGUUCAAUGACCCACAGAAGGAGGAGUACUUCAAGAAGAAAAUUAGUGAUGAGAAACUGGCCAGCAGAAUCAUCAACCAUGUCAAGUCAUCAAGGAGCCUCCACAUCAUGUGCCACAUACCAGCGUUCUGUUGGAUUUUAGCCACUGUUCUAAAGAAGCUGUUGGAUGAAGCAGGGAGUGGAGAGUUGCCCAAAACCCUGACUGAGACGUACUUACACUUCCUGAUCUUUCAGACAGACAGGAUAAGAGCAAAAAAGAACUCCGUAGAAAGUGACAACAUAGUCCUCAAACUUGGCGAGCUGGCAUUUCAUCAGCUGGAGAAGGGAUAUCUCAUCUUCUAUGAGGAAGACCUGACAGAGUGUGGCAUUGGAGUCAUAAAAGCAUCUGUGCACUCAGGUUUGUGCACUGAGAUAUUUAAGGUGGAGGGGAGGACCAGUCAGAAGAAAGUGUUCAGCUUUGUGCAUCUGAGCAUCCAGGAGUGUCUUGCUGCUGUUUAUGUGUUUCUCACAUUCAUAAACUGCAAUAAAAACCCACUGGUCCAACAGAACUCAUUUUUGCGGAUAUUGCGGAAACACCAACCUAUGAUGAACUUAGUCAAGAGUGCAGUGGACAAGGCCCUAAAGAGUAAGAAUGGACACCUGGACCUGUUCCUCCGUUUCCUUCUGGGCCUCUCACUGGAGUCCAAUCAGACUCUCCUACAAGGCCUACUGACACAGACAGGAAGCAGCUCACAGACCAGUGAGGAAAUAGUUGAGUACAUCAAGAUGAAGAUCAGGAAGAAUCCGUCUCCGGAGAGAUGCAUCAAUCUGUUCCACUGUCUGAGUGAGCUGAGUGACCAUUCUCUAGUGAAGGAGAUCCAAAGUUACCUGAGCUCAGGAAGUCUCUCAGCAACCAAACUGUCACCUGCACUGUUUUCAGCUCUGGUGUUUGUGUUGCUGUCUUCAAAAGAAGAGCUGGAUGUGUUUGACCUGAAGAAAUACUUUAGAUCAGAUGAGGGUCUUCUGAGGAUGCUGCCAGUAGUCAAAGCCUCCAGAACAGCCUUGCUGAAUCAAUGUAACCUCUCAAACCGAUGCUGCAAAGCUCUGGGCACAGCUCUCAUCUCCUCACACUUGGAAGAGCUGGACCUGAGUGGCAACGACCUGCAGGAUUUAGGAGUGAAGCUACUCUCUGCUGGACUGCAAAGUCCACAAUGUAAACUGGUGACACUGAAGCUGUCAGGCUGUCAGGUCACAGAGGAAGGAUGUGCUGCUCUGGCUUCAGCUCUGAGGUCAAACCCCUCCCACCUGAGAGAGCUGGACCUGAGCUACAAUGACCCAGGAGACUCAGGAGUGAAGCUGCUCUAUGCUAUACGGGAGGAUCCACACUGUAAACUGGAGAAACUCAAUGUGGACCAUGGUAGAGGGUGCAGGUUAAAAUCAGGGCCCCAAAAAUAUGCAUGUGAUCUCACACUGGACCCAAACACAGCACACAGAACCCUCUCUCUGUCUGAGGAGAACAGGAAGGUGGAAUGGACCUGGAAGGAGCAGCCGUAUUCAGAUCACCCAGAGAGAUUUGAGGACUAUGAACAGGUGCUGUGUAGAGAGGGUCUGACUGGGUGCUGUUACUGGGAGGUAGAGUUGAGUGGGAGGGCUUGUAUAGCAGUAACAUAUAAAGGAAUCAGCAGGAGAGGAAAGGGUCCUGCCAGUCGGCUUGGAGCCAAUGACAAGUCCUGGAAUCUGAACAGAUUUUAUGACAGUUACUCUGCCAGGCACAAUUAUAAGAGAACUGACAUACCUGUCCCCUCGUCCCGCUCCAGCAGAGUAGGAGUGUAUCUGGACUGGCCGUCCGGCACUCUGUCCUUCUACAGCGUCUCCUCUGACACACUGACCCACUUGCACACAUUCCACUCUACAUUCACUGAGCCCGUCUACCCAGGGUUUUAUGUAAGGGGUGACACAGGGACUGUGACCCUGUGUCAGGUAAAAUAACCUCCUAUGUCCUAGAGGAACACCUGAGUCUUCAGAAAAGUCAUACUCCUGUUCAAUCACAUCUGGGUGAUCUGAUGGGAUAUGUUUCACUCUAGUCAUGACAUGAAUGAGUAAGUAAACAUGAAUAUACCGUACAUCUCUAAAGUUGACUGACCUUGUAACUAGAAUCACCGCACUGCUGUAAAAAUCUCCUAUUUAAAAUCUCUAGUUGUUAUUGCUUUUCCUUAUUGUUUGUAAUAAAAUGUUUCUAGAAUGUUCUUUUUUUUUUUUACGUUCUACUUUUAGAUACAAUAAGCAUAGGUGCUGUUGGCGUCUUUCAAUAUUUGACUAAAGUAGGAUACAUAGUACAUACCACAGGAGGUUGGUGGCACCUUAACUGGGGAGGACGGGCUCGUGGUAAUGACUGGAGAGGAAUCAGUUGAAUGGUAUCAAUUAAACUGAAUGCCAUUCCGUUUACUCCAUUCCAGACGUUAUUAUCAGCCGUCCUCCCCUCAACAGCCUCCACUUGUACAUAGACUUAUUUGAUAUUAUUGAGAGACUGAGGCACAAGGCAGUGAGCAGCAAUAGGUUUGUGAAUGGACUGUAAGGUGCUAGCAUUACAGUACAUGAAUGGGCAAGGGUAAACAUCACUUCAUAGGCCUAUUAAGUAGUAUGCAAGUCCAGAUCCUUUGUGCAUCUAGAAGAAGAGGUAAGAAGUACACUGCAGACCUGGUGUGUGUGUGUGUGUGUGUGUGUGUGUGUGUGUGUGUGUGUGUGUGUGUGUGUGUGUGUGUGUGUGUGUGUGUGUGUGUGUGUGUGUGUGUGUGUGUGUGUGUGUGUGUGUGUGUGUGUGUGUGUGUGUGUGGUGUUUAGAGAUCAAUGCUGUUUCUUCACUGAGAUUACUUCGAUAGAGUUGGAAUGGGAAUUCUGGGAGAUGAAUCAAAGUGAAGGGGCGCAGACUCCCGGCCCGUGCCAGUCGAUAUGGUGGCGUGGUUAAUUCGCCUAAGGAAUGUUAUCGUCAAGCUAAUGAUAAACGGUGUUUGCCCUGGUUUUAGCCACGAGCAUGCUCCUGCUCACAAAGAAAAAUAGUGUUCGACCCGUGGUCUCUAAUUCACAGUGGGGGGUGAGGGGUGCCACAUAAAUCAAACCUCUGCCUCAGUCCCACUCUGACAGGACAGGGGAGCCUCAGCAGAUUGUGUUGUGGAGAUAUUCGUGUGUGCGUGCGCGCCGAGGAGAGAGUUCUUCAUGUGUAAACUGUGAAACAUGACACUAGGUUGUAAUUACUUCAAACAAGACACUGUUCGUUUUUGUUUUUGUAAUGUGUUUUAUUAAAUGACAGCAUUUUAUUAA